UCUCAACCUCCAAAAGUUAUUGAAUAACCAUCUGAAUCCUACAAUGGACAAUCUUUAAGUGAUCUAUUCCAAAUUACAACAAUUGUAAUAUUUUAAUGCCUUCAUUGAGAAGAACCUAAAAGGCACCCAAAAAGAGAGUCUGUUAUAUGUAUAAUUCCUUGAAAUCAUAGUUAUGUGGUAAAUUCAAAAUGGAGCACUUCAAAGGAGGCGAGGUCAUCUUCAAAGAAGGAGAUAAGUCAAACGAUAAGUUAUAUAUAAUAUUUAAUGGUAAAGUGGCUCUAAUAAAGUAAAGGCCAUAACAAUAGCAGACUCCCUAACAAAUCCCUGAAAAACCUCCUGAAAAUCAAAAAUAAUUGCAACAACAAUAGAGUUUAUCCAUCAAACCCGUUCCAUUGAAAACAGAGUAAUUUAUGGAAUUAUGAAUUUUACAUUAGAAAAACCUAAAGCAAAAUCAUAACCUUAACCUCAUAAACUAACUUCUUUAAGUAGAUUGCCUAUUCAAAAAAGUUUGCUGACAAAAUGAAAGCCAACAUAGUGUAAGGUUAAACCAAUGAGAAAGUCUAGAUAUCGCAACAAGAGUUGUAGACAAUGAGUGACAAAUAUGGCGAAACUGUAAGAAUACUAAAACGAGGAGAUGGAUUUGGAGAUAGAGCAUUACUUGAGAAUGUUCCAAGAGCAUUGACUGCAUGUGCAUAGACUGAAGAUUUGUUCUUAUUAAUUUUAAAAAAAGACGACUUUGAUUUAAUUCGAUAAUAGUUUAUAUAAUAGAUGAAGGAGAAGAAAAGUUUAAUUUUCGGUAAGUUCCCUGUUUAAGGAGAUUAUUCAUCAAAAUAAUUAGAACAACUAGCUUAUAGUUUUGAUGUGGAACAAUUUUAAAAGAAUUGUGUAUUAACUAUAGAUGGAUAAUAUAAGAAAUGCUUCUACUUGAUUUAAUUCGGAGAUAUCUUAUUAGAAAAAGUAAUUAAUGAUUAAUUGGCUAAGAUAUGCAUACUAAGUAAAUUAUAAUUAUUAUGAGCAGCAAAGGGUUAGUUAUUGGGAGAAGAAAUAGCAAUGAAUGAUGAUGGUUGUUGUGAAUAUAAUGCUACAGUCUUAUCUAAUGAAGCUACUUUGAUGGUCAUCCAUAAACAUGAGUUUUUAUAAAAGUUCCCUGAAGAAUGCAAAUUAUGGGUUUAAUAAGAAUACUUAAGGAAAACUAAAUUUAGGACUAUUUUCUAAACUUCUAAUAUGAUCAGUGUGAGUAAGAUCAAUCAACCUAAAUUUACAGCUGUUAAGUAAUAUAUUGAAGUUAAAUACAACCCAAAAAAAAUUAGAAGCAAAGAAAGAGAAGAUAAAAUGGAUAUUGGUACAAUAGUUGAAGAGAAAAACUUUAUUUAUAAAUUAAAGUAUCAAAGUGAUCCAGAAAAAGAUGCUGGGUCAGCUUUGUUUGGAACUGAUCUAUAUUAAAGUCCAAAGCUAGGAUUUACACCAAAAUAUGAACAUCCUAAUAACAUAGCAAUGACCUCCUUUAAAUAGCAAUAUCUUUAUAAAUUGUGUAAGAAGAAAAGAAGACAAAUAAUUUUGAACACUCCUCCUCUAACAGCUAGGACAAUCACCAAUUAUUAGUCCAUCAUUUCGGAUCGCUAAAGUAAACAUAAACACACUUUUUCUACAGGAAUUAACUCAAAUACUCCAUGUCUAUCACUCUCUCCAAUCAAUAUGAAUAGUAGAGAAAUUAUGUGA